AUGGACGAUUCGGGAGUUGUUUCUUUCAUUCCGACAAUAAUGCGGCUCUUUCCUUGGGAUCGAAACUUUAUCACUAAGUUGGUGAAAGAAAUCAAGGAAUAUACUUUGAAACAGAGACUCGAAACCUACCUUCUUUACCUGCAGCGAUACAAUAAAGAAACGAAGCAAAGUUACAGCGUGCAGGUGGCGGGUGGUAUCUAUCAGGUGGUGCGAACUAUGGAAAGCAGUGGCUAUGAAGACGACUUCAUUUUUCGUGCCCCUUCGCCGCUCAGAAGCAACAGUCUUCAACGCCGCAGUAAGAGUUCUCCAUCUUUUCAGAAUGCCGGUCCACUGCACAGUGCGUGUGCUUCGGCCAGCUGUUCAAACAUCGAACGCGUAUCAGCAGAGACGAACGACUACGACCACCGAACAGCGUUGUCGAAAAAUUUGACCGUAGCUUUUGACCCGGUGUUGAAAAAUUCCACCACUAAUCCUCCGUUCGUAGUAGCCAACGACUUAUCAGAAGUCUUCGCUAAAUCUGACUCCACUUCUACUGUCAGCUGCAAAAGCGGGGUUCCAACACUUGACCACCAAUGGAUAUCUGUGCUAAAAUGGCACAAGGCGAUGAAGGGCAGAGUGAUUAGAGGAUCGGCAUUGUGCGAACGAUGCAAGGUACUGUGCGCGUCCGCGAUGGAUGACUAUCCACAGGCUGAAAAUGAGUGGUGCAGGCUGAAAAACGGUCCACAACUUCAGCCGUUCGCUGUCCUCCAGCAUAUUACUGACAGAAGCGACUUGGUCAGCUUCUUUCUUGAUGACAUUUCAGACACAGAAUCGACGAGUAGCGAUUUACGUACGCCGUCUGAUCCCGAACAGCGAGCACUCGUUGGCAAAUCUGCGAACAAGAGUGAUGAACUUCUGUCAGACCUUGAUCGAUGGAAUUGGUUGGCUGAUGUCGAACUGGAGCUACUGCUUUGGUGCUUCUUGAAAGUGAGCGGAAUGGACGUGCUUGCACAGUUUUUGGAGCAGAAUGCCCUUUUCGCUGAAGUUUCGCCCAAUUUCUAUUGCUUUCUGCUCAACUACCCGAACCCGACCGCAACUUCCGUUGUGGUGCUGCUGCGGCCCAGGCUGCCAGAAAGCGGUGAAGACGUUCUUCUGAUCACCGACUUUUCGCAGGUUACUUUAGUCCUCGAACAGCUUGUGCAGUGCUUUGUGACCCUCACGUCGACGGAGCCAGUUUGA